CGGAGAAAUAGGACCCCGACAAAUAGGACCCGGAGAUAUAGGACCCAAAAAAAAGCCAUGGAGAAAUAGGACCCGGAGAAAUAGGCCCCCCUUUUCAAACUUUCUUUUUAGGGUCCUAUUUCUCCGCUAGAUGGGUCCUAUUUCUCCCCUUCGUAGGUCCUAUCCGGCUUCGUACAGGCACGGGUUAUAUAGUUUUCAGCCGACAGAACAGCGUUGGCGUUUAUGCAUACAUUGAAACAGCCAAAAAAAUUUUGUUUUAACUCCGAUUUUUUAUUUUCUUGCAUUAAUACAUUGUAUAUGAAGUGAUUUAUAUAGCUCAUGUUAUGAAAAAUUGAUGAAUAUUCUGUAAGCUUGGUAAUGUUGAAUAUCAUCAUACGUGUUAGUUUUCUGCUGCAUAUCUUGCACCCUUUCCCGAUGUAAUAGGGUAUGCAUUACGUUAUGUACGAUGCAUUACAUUAAUAAACAAUGAUUGCUGUUUAAUUUUUGUUAAAUUUUUUUAUGAACCACACAAUAUAAAGUAUUAACUUCUAAGUUUCUGGUAGCUAUGGAAGAUGACCAGUAUAAAAAUUUGGUAGGAAACAAUUACCAGUAAGCGUAUUUGCAAGCAGUAUCCCGCAAAUAAAUACCUUUAUCUUUGUCGGUUCUAGAAUUUUCUUUAAUGAACAUGAAUGACUCAUUCAUAUUGAUGAGCUUUUGUUUAUCGGAAUUUAUUGGUUUGGAUCACUAUCUUUCCAGUGAGUCACGGAUCAUUAGAAGGGAUGAACCUUCGAUUAUGUGUAUGAGCUGGUGAGCUGGUGAAGAAGCGGUAAUUAUAAAGGGGAUUAGUGGCUGUAAGACUUGAGCUUUUGUUUAUCGGUUUGGAUCACUAUCUUUUCAGUGAGUCAUGGAUCAUUAGUAGGGAUGAACCUUGGAUUAUGUGUAUAAGCUGGUGAGCUGGUGAAGAAGCGGUAAUUAUAAAGGGGAUUAGUGGCUGUAAGACUUCAAGCUUAACAUAAGUUGUGGUUGAUAAUCCUAUUCCUAAUCCUAAUCCCUACGCUUACAUGGAAAAAUAUACAGCGGUGAGCAACAAAGCCCAUUUUCUGAUUCGUUGAUCAGAUCAGCUCCGCCUCCUCCAAAUGACAGAAAUGUUAUAAAAUAGGAAUUAUGUUCCUGAAAUGGUAAUAGUCUUUGCUUUCCUCUCACGCUCAUACCUCGCUCAUACCAUGGCUCCAUCUACUGAUCGCUGUUCUCGCUGCGAUUUUGUUGUUUCUUCUAAGAAACAAUUUUGCUUGUGUCUUCGCUGUAAAGUCCCAAUCCAUCGGGCAUGCUGUGGAGUUAACUUUCCCAGAGGUGUUUCACCUACUUGGAAAGAAUUCUCUAUUGCGUAUAAGUGUUCUACGUGCAUAGGUGUUCCUGUUCCUGUUCCCGUUGCCGCUGCCGUUCCCGAUGCUGUUGCUGUUGCCGUUGCCGUUGCCGUUGCCGUUCCCGAUGCUGUUGCCGUUCCCGUUGCCGUUGCCGAUGCCGUUCCCGUUGCCGAUGCUGAAGUUGCUGGUCGUCCAAAACGGAAGCUGAAGCGUCGUGAAAUCUUUGACCCUUCCCAUGUCGCUAAGAGACGGAAGGAUGUCCAUUUCAUUGAGAAUGAAUUCCCAUCACACUCUUCUCCUCGCACUACACCGCCUCGUUUACUUUCUCCUAUCGAUAUUUUAAUGUCACCUAUUUUUCUUCUCACUACUAUCCUUAGGUCUCCUUCUGGUACUCCGCCGGUCGCUCCACCCCGCCGAAAAAGAAAAGGCCAACCCCGCAUUGCUGAUCCACCAAUCCUGAUUUCUCCCACAGAUCUUCCAACUAUCGUCAGGCGAGAAAACGAGAGCGAUGGAAUCCGGCAUGAACCUCCCGUGGAACCCUGUGAAUCAAUACUUGAGCAAUCUUCUUUCGAGGAGCCAACUAUUCCCAACUACAAGAUUCACAAGGAAGGUUCCAACAAGGGCAAAGUGAAAUUGACCAAUGGAUUAGGUUAUUGCUUUACCAAGAAAAAAGUAAGCGGAAAACUUUUUACUUGGCGCUGUAGUUCGCGCUCAGCAAAAGACCCAUGCAAAGCUACAGUGACACAGAAAAUUUUACGUUUUACGUUAUUCAUUUGACAAUAUUCACACAUGACAAAUAUUCAAUUUAAAAUUUUUUUAUCUAAUUAUCUAAUAAAUUUUUUUAUUUUUCUUUUUAAA